GGGAACACUUGCUUUGCGAAAACCAACGUACCGCCACCACCAACUCUCGCAUGCUGCCGUUAUUUUUCGGACCGCCUUGCCGAGCUGUUUCUUUUUCUGACAAACAAAAGAAUAGCCGCCUCGCCUCCUCCUCCCCCCGUUCCCUUCUUCUUCCUUCAUCUUCCUCCGCGAACCACAAACACUCUCUCUCUCUGGCUUUUCGUAUUAUCUUUUGAAGAGGAGUUAAGGGAAGGAGAGAGAUGGCGUCGGGGGCGUUUGGAAGGACGACCCAGAAGUGCAAGGCGUGCGAGAAGACGGUAUACUUGGUGGAUCAGCUCACCGCCGACGGCAGGAUCUAUCACAAGGCCUGCUUCCGUUGCCACCACUGCAAGGGAACCCUCAGGCUCAGCAAUUAUAGCUCCAUCGAUGGCGUUCUGUACUGCAAACCCCAUUAUGACCAACUUUUUAAGAUGACUGGCAGCUUAGAUAAAAGUUUUGAAGAUGCUCCGAGAUCUGCUAGGGCGGACCGAUCUAGUGGUCAUGAGAGCAAUGCUAACAGUAGAUUUUCAAGUAUGUUUGUUGGGACACAGGACAAGUGUGUGGUUUGCAAGAAAACUGUUUACCCGAUUGAGAAGGUAGCUGUUGAUGGCACCUCAUGCCACAGACCAUGCUUCAAGUGUAGCCAUGGAGGUUGUGUGAUCAGCCCAUCUAAUUAUGUCGCACAUGAGGGCAAAGUUUACUGCAAGCACCACCACUCUCAGCUCUUCAUGAUUAAGGGAAAUUUCAGUCAGCUUCAAGACAAGCAUGAAAACAUUAAAGUGCCUAUCAAGUAUCCAGUGCCAGAUGACAAUGCAGAGUGUGUUAGUUGACUAUUCUCGUGUGGACAAUAAUUUUGCUACGCACCUUUUGGGUGCCUGUGAAAUGAGACAGCGGUACGAGUUUGACUACAUGCAGCUACUGAGUUUGGUUACCACAUUUUGAUCCUUGGGUUUCUUAUAUCUUGAGAAGCUUCUCUUUAUUGCAUAAUCUUUGAGUUGUGAGAGAUGAAAUAAUAAAUAUGGCAUGUUUUAGCUUCUUUUCCAAUAAGCUGUGUUGUAUUCCAUGGUUGAAGGGGGUGAUGGUUGUGCGUCAGUUAUCUGCUCAAGGAGGGGGCCUUGCAUGUUUCGGGUAUCAAAUAUUACUCUGGUUAAUUUCCUUUUGAUCAGGAAUCAUGUUAUUUGUUCUGGAGAAAGUGUGCUUUGCAAAAUUAUCUGUUCUUCAACAAUUGUUUUUAGUUAAUUUGAUGAUCAUGUUGUGACAGCUUCUUUUAGGCCACGAGCAUAUCUGCAUCAAAUUAUUGGAUUGCUUGUAAACACUCUAAAGCAAUUUGUUGAAUUCAUAAAUCCAAUUUUUGAACA